AUGCGGUGGAGGCCACCACCGUUAUCAGGAUGGCGAGCCACAGCAUGGCGCAGGCCCCGGGCCCCGCCGAGGCUCACCCCGGGGCAAUCACGAAAUCAUGCCUGGAGCAAGGGUGGUCGUGUGUGGGUAUGGAGCAUCUCCACUCGUCCCUGCGGACGUACAUCUGCGGGGACCAUGUGCGCGCGUUGUGAAAUUUGUACUCAUUCCAACCGACAGAUAGGCCCGCGGCAAGGAGGAUGCAUGGAGCGACCGAAGCACUGCCUAUGGAGUGAACUGGUCUCGUAG